AUGAGUUGUGCGGAGGUGAUGUAUCACCCCCAGCCGUAUGGAGCGCCCCAGUAUCUGCCCAACCCUGUGGCAGCUGCAACCUGCCCCACAGCCUGCUAUCAUCCGGCUCCCCAACCUGGCCAGCAGAAGAAGUUAGCGGUAUACAGCAAGAUGCAGGACUCUCUGGAAGUCACGCUUCCCAGCAAACAAGAGGAGGAUGAGGAGGAGGAGGAUGAGGAGGAGGAGGAGGAGAAGGACCAGCCUGCCGAGAUGGAGUACCUUAACUCUCGCUGUGUCCUUUUCACUUAUUUCCAGGGAGACAUUGGGUCAGUAGUGGAUGAACACUUCUCAAGAGCUUUGGGCCAAGCCAGCACCUUGCAUCCCGAAUCUGCCAUUUCAAAAAGCAAGAUGGGGCUAACCCCCUUAUGGCGAGACAGCUCAGCUCUCUCAAGCCAGCGGAGUAAUUUCCCAACUUCCUUUUGGACCAGCUCUUACCAGCCCCCACCUGCACCCUGUUUGGGGGGAGUUCAUCCUGACUUCCAAGUCACUGCACCCCAUGGCACCUUUACAACAGCAGACCCCAACUCUUGGCCAGGACAUGGUCUGCAUCAGACUGGCCCUGCCCCUCCCCCUACUGCAUCCGAGUCCUGGCACUAUCCUCUGGCAUCUCAGGUGAGCCCGUCCUACAGCCACAUGCAUGACAUGUACAUGCGGCAUCACCAUCCUCACGCCCACAUGCACCACCGCCACCACCAUCACCACCACCACCCAGCUGCUGGUUCUGCCCUGGAUCCCGCGUAUGGGCCCCUGCUAAUGCCAUCAGUGCGUACUGCCAGGAUUCCUGCUCCCCAGUGUGACAUCACAAAGACAGAUCCGACUACAGCCACCACUGCUACCUCAGCAUGGGCCGGAGCCUUUCAUGGGACAGUGGACAUCAUGCCAAGUGUGAGCUUUGAUGCAGGUCUUCAGCAUCAGGACAAGAGCAAAGAAUCAGCUUGGUACUGAAUCAUGGUAUUAGCAAGUCAUACUGCAACCUGAAUCCAAGGGCCACUGGGAAAAGAUGCCAAUGAGAUUUCCU